AACGAAGGAUUUCCACACCGUUCCGCACAGUCCAACCCCGGCUGAGUUCAGUUCCCGCGAUGAGUCGCAGCCCGGAGAGGAUUUCAUCUUACCGCCGUCACUUUGAGGACAGCGGCAGCGGCAGCUCGACCUACCAGGUCAGGGUGUCCAGCCUGUCCCCGGCCCGGAGGGAGGUCCGCCAUGCCGCCGCCGGCUACUCCGCCCGAGCCGGGUCCAGCAGCGUGCGCGUGGCCUCGGUGGGACGGAGGAGCGUGUCAGCGGCGCGGAGGUCACGCGCUGCUGGAGUCGGAGUAAGCGCAGGAGCCAUGGUGUGUGUUGGGCCAAGUGGAGAGGCUCCCAUGGAUCUGGACGCGGCCGCGGCAGAGAACCAGGAGUUCCUCAGCACCCGCACCAUCGAAAGACAGGAGAUGAUCGUCCUGAACGACAGACUGGCUGUUUACAUCGACAAGGUUCGAAUGCUUGAGCAGAAGAACAAGUUGCUGGAAGCAGAGAUCGAGGCCUACCAGAACAGGUUCGGGAAGCCUUCGGGCCUGCGCUUGCUCUACGAGGAGCAGCUGAGGGAGCUGAAGAAGAUUGCCGAUCAGAUGAGAGUCCAGCGGGACAUCUCUUUUGCUGCAAAGGAGGCUGCAGCUGGUCAACUAGAGGCAAUCAAAAUCCGAUAUGAGGAGGCCUUGGAGCUGAGAAAGAAGGCUGAGUUAGAGAUUGAAGCCUUCCGUCCAGAUGUAGACAAAGCCACUUCCUCCCGGAUUGCUUUGGAGAAAAAGCUGGAGCAGCUGGAGGUUGAAAUCGAAUUCUUGAAACGGAUCCAUCAUCAGGAAAUCGAAGAGCUAAUGAAGCAGAUCUACGCCGCCCACGUAUCGGCCGAGAGCACCUUCUCUCUGCCCGACCUGGCUGGCGCUUUGAAGCAAAUCCAAACCCAAUACGACGACAUCGCAGCCAAAAACCUUCAGGAAAUGGAUUCAUGGUACAAGAACAAGUUUGAAGAUUUAACAAAGAAGACGUCAAGACACGUGGACAAAGUUCGAAGUGUCAGGGAAGAAAUAGCUGGGGCCAAGAAGGAUAUCCAAAACAAAGAACGUGAUUUGGACUCCCUGAGGACCAAAAACGAAGCCCUUGAAGCACGGAUUCGAGAGACGCUGGAAAAGCAUAAGAAGGAGCUGGAAGAGCUGCAGGCUCGGAUUGAGGCCCUGCAGCUUGAGCUAAAAUCCACCAAGACAAAAAUUGCCCUGCACCUGCGUGAGUACCAAGAACUUUUAAACAUCAAGAUGGCUUUGGAAAUUGAAAUUACCACAUACAGAAAAUUAAUUGAGGGGGAAGACCUGCGGCUCUCUGGCAUGAUGAAUUCUCUCUCUAUUACCAGUUGUAGCAUGAGCGCCGUUGGUGCUGGGGUGAGCAUCAGCGGAGGAAGCAUUGAUGGUGUUGGCAGUUUGGGUGGUGGACCAACAGGAGGCAGCAGACGAGGAGGUGGAGGCAUGGUGGGUGGUUCUGGAUUGAGUGCGGAUAUGGUUGAUGGAGUCACGGGAUCACGAUCUGGCAAUGGAAAAGUUCUGGAUGGCAGGGGUACCAGUGAUAUGAAAGGUCCCGCUGGCAGAGCAGAUAUUGAACAGGGAGGUGUAGGUGUCAGAGCAGGUGAUGAAAGUCUUGGCAGUGAUGGAAGAAUGAGUGCUUCUGGUGGUAGUGGUUUUGGCUCUGAUAGCUUUGCUCUUGGUACUGGUAAAGUGGGUACAGUUGGCUCUAGUGCUAGUGUUUUAGGCACUGGUCCAGAGGGUUCUGGUUUUGGCACUCCAGGCGUGGGUACUGAUUUUGGUGGUGAGGGAUCUAUCCAUAGAGGAAUGGAGGACAGAAGUGGAGUCGGAGCAUAUGCAGAUGGUGACAUCUCAGGGUUAGCAGGUGGUGUGGGUCCCACUGGACUUGGAUUCAAAAGAGGAUAUGGCGGUGAGAUGGAAGGCAGAAGUACUGGUUUGGAUACUGGUGUUGGUGGGGUAGGAUUUGGUUCUGGGGGAAUAGGUGACAGCAGUGGAGUUGAAACACGUGCAGAUGGAGACAUCUUGAGCUCAGCAGGUGGUGUACAUUCAGCUGAAGCUGAAAUUAAGGGUGUUGGGUUGGACACUGCUGUUAGUGGUGUGGGACUUAUUUCCAGAGAAAUGGGUGGCAGUGGUGGGGCUGGCGCACUAUUGGAUGGUGACAGCUCAGGUGGCGUGAGUGCAGCAGGAAUGGGACUUGGAAGAGGAGGUGCAACUGAGGGCAAGGGCACUAGGGUUAAUGGUGGAAUGGGUGGUGAUGGAGGUACAGCCCAUGGAGUGGUGCUUUCUGAAACACGAAGAGGAAUCUCAAGUGCUGCCGGACGUGCAGAAAGGGGCGUGGACGAUGCGGGUGUUGCUCUGUCAGGCGAUGGCGGAGUUGGUAGGACUGGUGGAGGGAAGGGCGACAUAUGUGGUGUCAAGAUUGGAUCCGAUCCGGAGUCCUAUGUAGAGCAGGCUGUGGAGCUGACAGAGAGAAGAACAGUGCUUAUCAGAACAGUUAAAAAGGAGGAUGAUGUGCUGGAGAUGGACCACCAAGAACAGACCUACACCAUCACUGGUGCAGCCGAUGACUCCGAUGUCGAGUGAGGAUCGCAAACUCCCCGGUGACCUCCUCUUGCCCUUAAACCUCCAUUCCCUUUGAGCUUUGCACUGACCAAAAAAAAAAAAUCCCAUGUUUGUGUGCUGACCUUUGCCCUGUGGCCUGGAUAAGAGAACCACCAAUGACCCCUUGCCACACACUGAAGAUAUAUAUAUAAAAAAACAGGCCAUGGCUUCUCAAUGUUUAUGUGCCUUACACCCUCUCCUUGUUCCCCACCUGCCAUAAAUAAAGUUACCAG